CAUCACACCCUCAUCCCCUCGCACUCUCAGCGGCCAUGGCCACGCCGGCACCUCUCAUGCAGCACACUGCCGCCGGCGACGCCGCCGUGCUCACCCACGCGCCGCUCGACGGCGGCGCGCUGCUGGCAGACGUGCGUGAGCCCGCGGCCGGCGCCACGGUGCUCUUCGUCGGCACGACGCGCAACGAGUUCGACGGCAAGCGGGUUGAGCGCCUCGAGUACGAGGCCUACGAGCCGCUGGCGCUGCGCACGCUGCUCGCCGUGCUCCGGGCAGCUCGCGAGCGCUUCGCCGUGUCGCGCCUGCACAUUGCGCACCGCCUCGGCAGCGUCGGCGUCACGGAGGCCUCCAUCCUCGUCUGCGCCGUGGCGCCGCACCGGCGCGCCGCAUUCGAGGCGGCCGAGUGGAUGCUCGAGGAGGUCAAGCGCGAGGCGCAGAUCUGGAAGAAGGAGUGCUACGCCAACGCCGACGCCGACGCGCCCGAGUGGAAGGCCAACCGCGUCGACAACGAGCGCUGGCACGCCGCAAAGGAACAGCAAUUGUCAUGAUUGCAAGCGCACUGCUCAGCGCCGCGGAUCCCGCUCGUAGGACCCGCGCUGCUCUCUGUCGCGCCCGCCGUCGCCGCCGCGAUCUCUCCGCUCAUCGCGCUCGCGUCCGUACCGCCCAUCACGGUCACGUUCAUCUGUCCGCCGCACCUCCCGCUCGCGGCUGUCGCGAUCGCGGCGCGGUCUGUCGUCUCGCGCACUCGGCCGCGGGCUCUUGCUGCGGCUGCGGCUGCGAUGCCGGCUGCUCUCGCCGCGCGCCUUUCGUCGCUCGCGCUCCUCGCGGAUGCGCGCACGCUCCUCCUUGCGCCGCCGCUUCUCCUCCUUCUCCGCCCGACUACUCCCACCACCGCCGCCGCUGAGACUGCGCUCCUGCCGCUCCUUGGCGCGCUCGCGUGCGAUGUACGCCGCCAUUGGGUCCUCCAGGUCGACGUCGGCUGCGGCGCCUCGCGUUGCGACGGCGGAGGAGGAUGAGGCAUGUGCGGAGCCUGC